GAAAUUUUCAUCCUCACCGGCUUCCCCGGUACAGAGGAGUCUCAGGUCUCGCUCGCCGUCCCCUUCUGUCUGAUGUACGUUGCGGCACUUCUGGGGAACUCUCUCCUCCUCUACAUCAUAGCGACAGAACGAAGCCUCCAUGAGCCCAUGUACCUUUUCCUCUCCAUGCUGGCUGCUGCUGAUCUGCUGUUAUCCACCACCACAGUGCCCAAGAUGCUGGCCGUGUUCUGGUUCGGUGCAGGGGAAAUUUCUUUUGCUGCCUGCCUCACCCAGAUGUUCUUUGUCCAUGCCAGUUUUAUCGCCGAGUCGGGCAUCCUGCUGGCCAUGGGUUUUGAUCGGUACGUUGCCAUCUGCAACCCCCUGAGAUACACCACCCUGCUCACCACACCUGUGGUCGGGAAGAUUGGGCUGGCGGUUCUCACAAGGAGUUUCUGUCUCGUUUUCCCUUUUAUAUUUCUCGUUUUGCGGCUGACGUUCUGCAGAACCAACCGCCUGCCUCACACCUAUUGCGAGCACAUGGCCAUAUCCCGGCUGGCCUGUGGUAAUAUCACAGCCAACUUCUAUUAUGGCUUAGUCCUCGGUUUAUUAGCAAUUGGCUUGGACGCUGUGCUCAUUGCUGGGUCUUACACGCUGAUCGUCAGGGCCGUCUUCCGGCUCCCGUCCAAGGGUGCCCGGCUCAAGGCUUUACACACCUGCGGCUCCCACAUCUGUGUCAUCCUGAUGUUCUACACGCCAGCUUUUUUCUCCUCUUUCGCACACCAAUAUGGGCACAUCUUCCCCGGUUCCAUCCUCAACCUCCUGGCCAACCUCUACGUGCUCCUUCCCCCCAUGUUAAACCCCGUCAUUUAUGGGGUGGCAACAAAAGAGAUCCUGAAUCGGGUGAUCAAGGUGUUUUAUCCAACGUGCAUCUGA